AUGAUUGAGGACGAAUUCGACUCUGGAGACGACCUCUUUGACGGUGUCGAGGAAGCAGAGGUCCUCACAUCUGGCAUCAAGCGAGCAAAGGGCUAUGGUGAUGACGACACGCCUCUGAACUCGAUCAAAAGGGCGCGACAUGGGUCGAAUACCUCCCCCAGUGAUGCGACUGCCGACGAGUCAAGGCUUCGCCUUGCGCAGAAAAUCCUGGUUGAGAAAUUCGGUUACCCUGCCUUCCGCCAUGAACAAAAAGGUGCAAUCAAUCGAGUCCUUGGUGGCCAGAAUUCUCUCGUCAUCUUCCCGACUGGCGCGGGCAAGUCCCUUUGUUACCAGAUUCCCGCGGUUGCUUUCGAGGAGAUUGAUCGCCAAAGCAAACAGAGAGAUGAAGGCGACUCGGGCAUCACCAUUGUGGUGUCGCCUCUGAUUGCUUUGAUGAAAGAUCAAGUUGACGCUCUCAAAAAGAAGGGCAUCCCUGCAGAAUGUAUGGACUCCACCAAGACCUGGCCUGAGCUGCAGGAGAUCAAUGAUUCUCUUCGCAAAGGAGAGCUUCGUCUCUUGUAUUGCGCGCCUGAGCGGUUGAACAACGAAGGUUUUGUACAGAUGAUGAAGCGAGUUAAGGGAGGCGUCCGAUUGAUUGGCGUAGACGAGGCCCAUUGUAUCUCCGAGUGGGGUCACUCUUUUCGUCCGGAUUACUUGAAAGUUGCCCGGUUUGUCCAAGAGAUCAAGGCUGAGCGAGUUAUCUGCUUGACAGCCACAGCGACGCCUGUCGUCGCCGACGAUAUUUGCAAAGCGUUCGAUAUCUCCAAGGAAGGCGUCUUCAGAACAUCCCCGUACCGCCCGAAUCUUCGACUGGAAGUCCAACCCACAAAAGUGAAUGCAGACAAAGACGCCUUGCUCUUGAACUUUCUCAAGAAAAAUUCUGGCUCAACUCUCGUCUAUGUCACUCUCCAAAAGCAAGCUGAAGAAGUGGCAGCCGACCUAAACAAGAAGGGAUUUGGUGCUCAUUUCUUCCACGCCGGCAUGAAAGUAGAAGAGAAGAAACGAAUCCAGGACGAUUUCAUGGCCUCCAGGAUCCGAAUCGUUGUUGCGACUAUUGCUUUUGGCAUGGGCAUUGACAAAUCAGAUAUUCGCAACAUUGUCCACUGGGACUUCCCCAACACCGUUGAAGAGUACUGUCAACAGGUUGGCCGUGCUGGCCGUGACGGUAAGCCGAGUCAAUGUAUGCUCUACCUUUGCCCAGAAGACUUUUACAUCAAGGAAAGCUUUGCACGGGGUGACUUACCAUCUCGACACUCGCUCCGGGCUCUUCUCAAGGAUAUUUUCAACAAUGAAGUUGUUGGGCUUUCCCCGGACGACACGUUCAAGACCAGCCAUUACGCACAAGCCUCCGAGUUUGACAUGCGGCAAAAUACUCUGGGCACCAUCUACGCCGCUCUGGAACUGAGGUUCAAUCUUAUUCGCGCCAUCACCCCGGAAUACAGUUCGUACAAGUUCGAAGCAACUCCGAGUUACUUCCCCCGCCUAAAGAACAGCAAGGCACCCGAAGCCAAGGCCAUUCUCGACAAUGCGAAGAAAGCAAAGAAAUUUCACUCCAUUGAUCUCACUUCUGUAUCCCAGACCACAGGUUUGCGCCGCCACGACAUUGUCUCACUCCUCAACCAGCUCAACGAGACUGGCGCCAUCAAGCUGACCGUUAGUGGUGUGGAGCAAAAGUACAAGGUCCUGGGCAAGCUCCCGUCGACUUCUUCUGAGAUCGAUAAAUUGACAGACCAGCUUCAUGAGACUCUAGAGACGCGAGAGCAGCAGGCUCUAGAAAGAGUGCAACAGGUUGUCAAUUUCGUCACGGCGCCAAAAUGCUUCGCCCGCUCUAUCGCUGAGCAUUUUGGAAUGAGUCUUCCGGAUGGAAAGGAGAAGUGCGGCCACUGCACAUUCUGUAUCAGCGGUAUGCCGGUGCACCUUCCACCGUCACCUCCCAAGGCAGUAAGCCAGGCUGCGAUUCAGCGGGUGUUGACGACAACGGACGUACGGGACGACGCGCGAUUCCUGGCCCGGGUGGCUUUCGGGAUCAAAAGCCCGCGAGUUACCAAACUCAAGCUAGACAAGACUCCCGCGUUCAUGUCGAUGGCGGAUCAAGACUUCAGUAUGAUUUUGAAAGAGUUUGAGAAGGCGUGUAAGAAGGCUAGUCGAUAA